AUGGAUACAUCCGAGAGGAAGACGACGAUUCCAAAACAUAUUAUACCUUUCCCACCCACAUCUUCUUUGAUUGCACGGCAGGACUUGGUCCUCCCAGCAGCCUUCAAUGAUCUCGUUCCCCUAGCAAGAGAGUUGUGGCCACUGCGAACCGAGAACAAAGAUGAGGUACACAGGUUUCUCUGUGCCUUUUUCGAUCUUUCUCGGCUUGAUGUCAUACGUAAGAUGCUAUGGCUCAUCGCCGUUCCUGGAGCUCCACGCUCCUUGUACUACCAAAAGCUCUUACGCCGAGAAAUUGUCAUUGUUGAAGAACUUGAUCUUCAUUUGGUUUGGGCAAAGUCGAGAAUCUUUCUCAAACCUCUGCCGGACUUUCUGCUCAAUUAUGAAUUUUGGGAAAACAACAUAUCCUGUGAACCUCAGUUACACCGAGCAGCGUGCGGGCUCCUGUACUCUUAUUGUGGCCUUAUCCGUUUUGAUCAUGAUUUUCGGGUAGCGCAAGAAUAUCAUUUGAUCAGUGCGAAAUUCGGUUAUCGGGAAUGGACAGAGUUUACUCGCACGAUAUUAUCAAACCUCGACCCCCAUGACUCCAAUAACGUUGCGACACGAUUCCGUUAUGGCGAGUUACGAUUAAACCGCCUUGACACCAUCUAUCGAUAUUCGCCUCAAGAUUUCUCCAUAUCUAAUAUGCUUCAAGGCUUUCCUCAUGCUUUGGCAGAAAGCUAUGUGCCAUAUAUGGACCAGUACAAUAAUGCAGUGUCGGCAUUUGGCGUCAUCGUUAUUGUUCUCUCGGCUUUCAAUCUAUCACUGUCAGCACGUUCGAAGAAUCCAAAUCCUGAUCUUCAACAGGUAGCUUACGGAUUUGCAAUAUUCGCCAUGACUUUGUGUGCCUUGAUUACAGGAUUAUUCAUUGUAUUACCCUUGUUCACUUCACUUGCGACAAUAUAUGGCUCCCUCCUCACACGAAAAAGACUUCAUGCAAGACGAGAAGUCGAGGACCAACCUCGAUCGGCUUAA